AGCGCUUUCCCGUUGCUCUGAGGAGGCAGGCCGGUGAUUUUCCACUCCCGCUGGUGUCUCUGGUCCCCCGGUUUUAGGAGACAAAGGUCAGAAAGAGGAGCUUAUAAAUAGGCUAAAAUAAAGGCUUCCGACGCGUCCACAUCCACUCGCCCUCACGGACACGAGAGGACACGGACAAGAAGACACGGACAAGGGAGCUCGCGCUAAGGACAAUAAAGGACCAAAUUAAACCCUGAACCCAUCACAGCAACGGAGCAGAAUGGCUCAGAAAGAGAAACUUCAGUGCCUGAAGGACUUCCAUAAGGACACUUUGAAGCCAUCUCCUGGUAAGAGCCCGGGCACUCGGCCUGAAGACGAGGCCGAGGGCAAACACCCUCAGAGAGAGAAGUGGGCCAGCAAGUUGGACUUUGUUCUGUCUGUGGCCGGCGGCUUUGUGGGUUUAGGGAAUGUUUGGCGUUUCCCGUACCUCUGCUAUAAGAAUGGUGGAGGUGCAUUUCUCAUCCCCUACUUCAUUUUCCUGUUUGGUGGUGGUCUGCCAGUCUUCUUCCUGGAAGUGGCCCUCGGUCAGUACACCUCUGAGGGUGGCAUCACCUGCUGGGAGAAGCUCUGUCCCAUCUUUACUGGCAUUGGUUACGCCUCCAUCGUGAUUGUAUCCCUUCUGAAUAUCUACUACAUCAUCAUCUUGGCCUGGGGCGUCUACUACCUGUUCCAGUGUUUCCAGCCAGAGUUGCCCUGGGCCAAGUGCAAGCAGCCCUGGAACACCGAACAUUGCAUUGAGGACACCUAUCGCAAGAACAAAACCAUCUGGUUGGCUGCCAAUGCCUCCAACCUUACCUCCCCCGUCACUGAAUUCUGGGAGUAA